AUGAACGGUCUGCCUGACCUACCGUUGGCCAGGCGAAUUGAAGUCGAACUUUUACGUCAAAACUUACCAGAAACUGAUCCGCAGAUUGUUACCAUCAGAAAUUUCCAAAAAAUACACUUGGCUGAUUUCAAAUGUGCCAUUACGAGAUCGGCUUUGGCUGGUAUUAAGGAAAAAAAGAAGAAUGAAGUUGUCAUGCCGAAGGCUGGUGAUAUAGAAAAAUUAACAGCAUUUUUAAGGAAGGAGAGCGAUUUUCAUUACCAAAAACUUAAAAACGGCGGAUUUUCUUUUACAUCUUGGCGAGAUUUGGGCAAGAGCCUUUUAUGCCAAAUUUUGGUGUUCAAUAGGAGACGCGUGGGGGAAAUUUCUCGUAUUUUACUGGCAGAUUAUUUGGGGAAAAAAAAUAUCGAAGAAGAAGAUCGCAAACACAUGACACGUCUUCAGCUUGUGUUGGCAAAAUAUUAUGCAAUAAUGCAUAUAUCAGCGAAAAGAGGAAGAAUCGUUCCGGUUAUGUUGAGGCCGUAUAUCGUCACUCAAAUGGAUAUGUUCAUUGAAAUGCGGAUCUUGGCUGGUGUAGAUUCCAGUAACAAAUAUUUAUUUGGAUAUCCCAAUGCUGAUGGUCAUUUAGACGCUUCAGUAGUACUAAGAGAAUAUUCACGUCAGUGUAAUGCAGAUUUUCCUGGUUCACUGCGAAGCACGAAACUGAGACAACAAGUUGCCACGAUGACACAACUUCUAAAUUUGAACCAAAAUGAACUCCACCAACUGUCCGAUUUUAUGGGUCACGACUUCAGCGUUCACUUAAAACAUUAUAGAAUGAAUGAAAUAAAUUCACAAAUAACUCGGUGGUCAAGGUUUUUUUCAGCUGUAGGACGUACGGAUGUAUAUAGACAUCGAAAUAAAAGCCUUGACCAAUUAGAAACUUAUAUUUCUGAUAACGAAACAGAGGAAAAUAAUGAGUCAGAUCCUGACGAAGCUGUCGAAAAUCAUGUAGGUCCUGAAGAAGAAUUUGACCAAGUUAAGCAAGAUACGAAUUCUAAAAAUUAUGAAGCAAAAAAGCAUAUUAAGACUAUGACUGCACACCAUACACGAAGUAUCGUCAGCAAAUUGAUAAACGUGCUUAAUGUCCACGUGUUCAUGUAG